GCGGGCGCCACUCUCUGUCUGACAAGAGAGUCGCGAAGCCUCCGCGGUCCUAGAGGGGCUGCUGGCAGGGACGCUUUGCUCGGCGCGCGCAGGUGGAGCCAGCGAGAGGCUCUGAGGCUGCCAGAGUGUUUGUGUCUGUUGCUCGGGUAAGGGGUAAUUCGCCGAGGGGCGCGGACCAGACCGACCUCGGGUCGGGCCCGGGAACCCCGAGAGGAGAGCCCAGCCCCUGGUGGAGGCGGCUUGGCGGAGAUUCGGAGCCGUCAGCAGAUGGAGUCUUGCUCUGUCACCAGGCUGGAGUACAGUGGUACAAUCUCAGUUCACUGCAACCUCCACCUCCCAGGUUCAAGCGAUUCUCCUGCCUCAGCCUCCCAAGUAGCUGGGACUACAGGCGCAUGCCACCUCGCCCAGCUCAGCCCGACGCCCAGGAUCCCACCCCUUGCAAAAGACCAGGCCGUGGAAGCCAUGUUCCCACCAGCCAGGGGGAAGGAGCUGCUCUCGUUUGAGGAUGUGGCGAUGUACUUCACCAGAGAGGAGUGGGGCCACCUCAGCUGGGGUCAGAAGGACCUCUACCGAGAUGUGAUGUUGGAGAACUACAGGAACAUGGUCUUGCUGGGAUUUCAGUUUCCCAAACCUGAGGUGAUCUGUCAGCUGGAGAACUGGGACGAGCAAUGGAUCCUGGAUCUACCGAGAGCUGGGAAUAGGAAGGCUUCCGGUAGUGCUUGCCCAGGUUCUGAAGCCAGACACAAGAUGAAAAAGUUAACUCCAAAACAGAAAUUUUCUGAAGAUUUAGACUCAUAUAAGAUAUCAGUGGUAAUGCAGGAAUCAGCUGAGAAACUUUCAAAAAAGUUACAUAAGUGUAAAGAAUUUGUGGACAGUUGCAGGCUUACUUUCCCUACUAGUGGUGAUGAAUACAGCAGGGGCUUCCUUCAAAACCUUAACCUUAUUCAAGACCAGAACGCACAAACAAGGUGGAAGCAGGGCAGAUAUGAUGAGGAUGGCAAACCCUUCAAUCAAAGAUCUUUGCUUUUGGGGCACGAGCAAAUUCUCACAAGAGCAAAGUCUUAUGAAUGCAGUGAAUGUGGAAAAGUCAUUAGGCGUAAGGCAUGGUUUGAUCAACAUCAAAGAAUUCACUUUUUAGAGAAUCCUUUUGAGUGUAAGGUCUGUGGGCAAGCCUUCAGACAGCGAUCAGCUCUUACGGUCCAUAAACAGUGUCACCUGCAAAACAAGCCAUACAGAUGUCAUGACUGUGGAAAGUGUUUUCGGCAGCUCGCGUAUCUUGUUGAACAUAAGAGGAUUCACACCAAAGAAAAACCCUAUAAAUGUAGCAAAUGUGAAAAAACGUUUAGUCAGAAUUCAACCCUUAUUCGACAUCAGGUGAUCCACAGUGGAGAAAAACGCCAUAAAUGCCUUGAGUGUGGAAAAGCCUUUGGCCGGCAUUCAACCCUUCUAUGUCAUCAACAGAUUCACAGUAAACCGAACACCCAUAAAUGCAGUGAAUGUGGACAGUCCUUUGGUCGGAAUGUGGAUCUCAUUCAGCAUCAAAGAAUCCAUACAAAGGAGGAAUUCUUUCAAUGUGGAGAAUGUGGGAAAACGUUUAGUUUUAAGAGGAAUCUUUUUCGACAUCAGGUCAUUCACACUGGAAGCCAACCCUACCAAUGUGUCAUCUGUGGAAAAUCUUUCAAGUGGCACACAAGCUUUAUUAAGCACCAGGGCACUCACAAAGGACAGAUAUCCACAUGAUAUUAACUGGAAAACAGUCAUUGGAGGACUAGAACUUAUAAACCUCUACUUCAAGUGUGUAUCACAUGAUUGUUUCCAUGAAAAGCAAUAAAUGUAACAAAGGGUUUUUC